UCGGGACUAGAAAGCUUCUUCUUCCUAGAAAUGAAAACCAUUAAGAAAACCCAUUAAAUUCACUCUCUACAAAUACCUCCCAGUAAUGCCAUUCAAUGCCGAACCAGAUUGAGAUCGACUCCAUUAAAGCCCGCCUUUAUUUCGCAGCAUGAGGUGCCUUCAUCUGUAAAAUCUUUAAACCCGCUUCCAGAAUCUCCGUUUUCGCCACUCGUCUUGAUUUUGCUAACUUUGCUGCGAUUUUUCGCUACCUUAUAUAACAUGUUAUUCAAUUUUACCCGUUGUUGUCACGUAUUUAAUUGGCGCUAGUGCGGAGCGGCUUAUAAGAAGGGUGCCUUUGUGCAUGCCCCACAAGUGUUUGAUGAAAUGUCUGACUGAAAAUUGAGGCGGUUUUUUUUUUAAGUUAGUGUUUCUCUCUCUUGAUUUGGGUGUUGGGGUUGAGAAAAUGAGCUACUCUGGCGUUGGUAUUAGCCCUGGGAAUGUCCCUGUGUAUCAUACCUCGAAUUUGAAGGUGUUUGAUAAGAGGGUGAGAGUGGUUGAGUUGGUGUUGAGGUUUGUGAUAUGUGGCCUUGGAGUUCUUGCUGCUGUUCUUGUGGGGACUGAUACUGAAGUUAAAUAUAUCUUUUCCAUUCGAAAGAGGGCCAAAUUCACGGACAUGAAAGCUCUUGUGUUUUUGGUGGUAGCAAAUGCAAUAGCUGCAGCUUACUCUAUGGCACAAGGACUAAGAUGUGUGGUAAACAUGGUGAGAGGGACUGUGCUCUUCAGCAAGCCUUUAGCUUGGAUCAUUUUCUCUGGCGAUCAGAUCAUGGCAUAUGUCACGGUGGCAGCAGUGGCAUCGGCCGCCCAAUCAGCAGUGAUUGGGAAGUUGGGGCAGCCGGAGUUGCAGUGGAUGAAGAUAUGCGAUCUGUACAAAAAGUUCUGCAACCAAGUUGGGGAAGGACUUGCAAGCGCGGUGGUGGUUAGUCUGAGCAUGGUGGCGCUGUCUUGCAUUUCAGCUUUCAGUCUCUUCCGCCUUUACAAUGGUGGCAAGAGCAAGAGUAACCCAAGAUGGUAGGCUUUUCAAGUUCAUCAAUAACCAUCAGACCUCCAUAUCCUUAUCCUGAUGGACACUCCAUGUUUCUGCUAGGAAAUGUUAGGAUUUUUUGUGAUUCUGGUUAAAGAAAUGUAUGUUUAGGUACUUAUUUCUCUUAAAAAACUAUGGUGCAUCGUUCAGAAAUAAAGUUAUAAGUUGAGGAAUAAAAUUUUA